UCACCGUCAUCAGAACAAAAUUUUUUUUUAUUGACAGCUGUCACUGCUGUUAUCCAGAAAAAAAUCCAUUUAAUCUAAAUUUAUUUAGAUCACCAUUUUUUCAUAAAAAAUCCAACAUAUAGAACAAGUUGUUUUUUUAUUAUUACUACGAUAUUUGUUACAUCUUUUUUUUCAAUUAUAUAUUAUCCACAUCAUUCGCAUUUUGAAGCCAUAAAACUUUCAUCAUCAUCAUCAGUCAGUCAUUCUACAUACAUAAUCCUAAUAGUUUUCAAAACCUCAUUUUCAUCUAUGUCAUCAUCAUCCUUUGUAUUCCUAUUGUGCAUCAUUUAAUUUGAAUAAUUAUCAUUUGAAAAUUUGAACAUAAAAAAAAAUUUGACAAUCAUCGUCAUCAUCGAUAAUUGAAAAAUCGGCCAUCAAUGGUUUACAAACGUGUAUUCUGUAGAACUACAGACUAUUCUGGGAUUCACCUAGAUAGUGUUAAUCGUAAUUAUCGAAAGCGAUACGAUCAUCUGCAAUUUUCAUCAAUUAAUCAAUAUUGUGCCUUAUGCAAUUGCUCAACCAGUGUAAAGUGCAAUGAUUUCGAUAAUCGAUCUUCAAAAUCUGUUCUUUAUCAUUGUUUCCAAUACUUGGCCAUUAUUAUUCUUUUGAUUAUCGUUUCGAUCAUUGAUUCAUCAUCAUUGGUUGUGAAUAGUUUACCCACUGGUAUUGCUAUAAAUUCAUCUUCAUCACCGAAUAUUUCCGAUGUAGCUAUUGCAUCAGCAAACCUUCGUGCAUGGUAUGCACGUUUGGACGCUGCAGCUGUAGCAAAUGAAGAAACGACUAAUAAAUUCCGAUACAAUCGGAAUACGAUUUCAGUCAAUUCUAUUGAUAAUCAUACCACUCCAUCGACAAUCAGUGGAUUUCGUUUGAUUGGUGAUUCAAAAGCUAUUGUUUCCAAUGAUGAACGUUAUGCAAUCAAAGCCGAUCACAAUGUCGAAGUACGAAUAUUUGGUAAAAAUUUUGGUAAAGAUUUCCUAAUCGGAUUUUCUCUUAUCGCACCGAAUUCCAAAUCAGUGAUAUGUUCAGUGGAUGAAAAAUUCGAGGCUAUUCAUACCGAUGAUCAAACAGCUUAUUCAUUUAUUAAACUUCCAGCUAGUUCAAAACCAUAUCAUCUUUGUUAUUCGGAAAAUCUGACACAAGAUGAUUAUUUUUACUAUGCCGGUAAUGAUCUUUCAUAUCAGAUUGAAUCUGAAGCACCGUUAUUGCCAAUGUGGCUGCAUAUAAGUUUGUUGCUAUUGUUAUUGGUCAUGUCCGGUCUAUUUUCUGGCCUAAAUCUAGGUCUUAUGGCAUUGGAUAAAAAUGAAUUGCAAGUCAUCGAACGCUGUGGAACCGAAGAUGAAAAAUAUUAUGCCAAAACGAUUUCACCAGUGAGAAAACGUGGAAACUAUUUACUUUGCACUUUAUUGCUCGGUAAUGUUCUUGUGAAUUCAACAUUGACCAUCCUAUUGGAUGAUCUCACAUCGGGUAUAUUUGCUGUGAUUGGUUCAACAUUGUUGAUUGUAAUUUUUGGUGAAAUCAUUCCUCAAGCACUUUGUUCACGUCAUGGGCUGGCAGUUGGUGCUAAAACAGUUUAUGUUACCUAUAUAUUCAUGUUUAUUACAUUUCCUUUAUCAUAUCCAAUAUCAAAAUUAUUGGAUAAAAUUCUUGGUGAAGAAAUAGGUAGCGUUUAUGAUCGUGAACGUUUAAUGGAAUAUAUUCGUGUUACAAAAGAUUAUAAUAAUCUCGAAGUAGAUGAAAUGAACAUAAUUUCUGGUGCGUUAAAAUUUAAAAAAAUUUCUGUCGCCGAUAUUAUGACAACCAUCAGUGAUGUGUUUAUGUUACCAUACGAUACAAUACUCAAUUUUGAUACGCUUACUUUGAUCAAUAAUUCUGGAUAUUCGCGCAUUCCUAUCUAUGAGGGUAAUCGUGAUAAUAUUGUCGGUUUAUUACAUGUGAAAGAUCUUUCAUUGAUCGAUCCAGAUCAUAAUUUACAAUUGAAAGUAGUGCUUGAUUUUUAUUCACAUCCAUUGUUAAAAGUGUUCGAAGAUGAUAAAUUAGACAAAAUGUUAAAUGAAUUCAAACAAGGUCAAUCACACAUGGCAUUGAUUCAACGUGUCAUCGAUAAUGGCGUCAAGGAUCCAUACUAUGAAUCGAUUGGUAUUGUUACCCUUGAAGAUGUUAUCGAAGAAUUGAUUCAGGCAGAAAUCAAUGAUGAAACAGAUGUAAUUUCCGAUAAUCGUCGAAAACAGAAGCGACAAAACGUUCAAAGUCGAUCGAAUUAUUUGGAAUUCAUUCGUGAAGCGGGAAUCAAGCAAAAAAAUGAUGAUGAUAGCAGCAUAAUGGAAUAUUCAAACAAUGUGGCUAUUUCACCUCAGCUUGCAUUAGCUGCCUUCCGUUUCUUAGCUUCUUCUGUCGGUCCGUUUUCAUCAAAAAAAAUUUCAGAAGAAGUUUUCAAACGUUUGAUGAACAAGAAUAUUUAUUUCGAAGCCAAAGGCGAACCACGUAAACCUAAUAUUGAUAAUAUUUCAUCUGAAAAUAUCUUAUAUAAACGUGGACAACCGGCUGAUUAUUUCAUCAUGAUAUUGGAAGGACGUGCCCGGGUAAUUGUAACCAAAGAAAACCAAGAAUAUGAUGCCGGACCAUUUUGUUGUUUUGGCAUCGGUGCUUUAACGUCUUCUAUACCCAGUACGGAUGAUGGAACUAUUGUACAUAAUCGUUCAUUCAACGAAGAAAGUGCUGAUAGUCUUAGCCAGAAAAGCAGCCAGCAAAACAUUAGCUUUCAACAAUCGGACAUAUUCAUACCUGAUUAUACAUUAAUCUGUAUGGAAAAAGUAAUCUACAUGAAAGUAACAAAAGAUUUUUAUCAAAUGGCAUUGAAAACGACCGAUGUGGUAACUAAACGUUCUAGUGAUCUACAAAAAUCUCAAUCACAAAUCGAAGAAAGUGAAGAUUCCUCAGAAAAUACAACAGCUGCAGCUCCAUUGAUACCCGUUGGUAGCGCAAAAAAUGAUAGUCUCUCACGGCAUCUGAAAAAUCUCCCACCAAAAUAUCGAAAAAUUAGUAUGGGUACAAACUUGGCCGAUUCAAGUUUGAUGCCAAAAUUCAAAGAUAAAACCAUUGUAGGCAAUCAAUUUGAUCAAGAUGAUGAACAAAUGAUGAGUGAAACGCUCAACAAUCCACGUCUUCGAUCACAAUCCAAAAAUAGUCUUAUUGUCGAUCAAAUACGGCCAACUCGAAUUGUCACUUCAGAAAGUCUUAGUAAUCGCCGUUCUUCACCAACGGUACGACGAUCCGAUGCGAUCGAAUUGCUCACUGGUAAUCAUUCACCACGUUCAUAUGGUUCAAUCGAAAGUCUGACCAGUGAUUCUCAACACCAGCAACAACAAUCAUUGUUAGAUAACCUACCAGUUCCACAGCCGCCAUCAUCACUGGCACCAGAAUUAAAGGAAAAAUUAAGCCUAUUACGUAAUGGAAGUUUAUCGGCCUUAGAUGAAUCGGGUGAUCACAGUCAAACGACUGUCCCUCAACAAACAAAGCCCAAUGAUGAACAUACAACAUUUUUAUGAUAACACAAACAUAAAUAUUUAUAAAUGAACAAUAUAAUCGCUCAAUUCUU